AUGGCGAUGGAAAAGGGGAGAUAUAUCCCACUUCUGACACCAUGUAAUAACAAACUGUUCCAUCUCCUGAAUCAAGGCUUUUACGAGUUAAGAGUGGAUAUGAGUGAUUUUGAAAAUGAGACACGCUAUGUGAAAUACAGCAGUAUAUCACUGAAAGACGAAGCUUCAAAGUAUACCAUCAACUUAUCUGGCUUCUCCGGGAACGUGGGUGACUGUUUCACAUCGUUAAACAACAUGAAAUUUUCAACAAAGGACCAGGACAAUGAUCUAUAUGGAAACAGCUGCUCCGUUCUGUACAAAGGCGGUUGGUGGUACGGGGGGUGCCACUGCGCUAACCCUAACGGACUCUACCUGAAAGGCGCCACGUCCUUCUUCGCGCAAGGCGUUACUUACAAUAAUUGGUUAGGGCAAUAUUACUCACUGAAAUCUAUUCAAUUUAUGGUUAGAAGAGUUGUUUGAAAGGUGAAUAUGCGAACCAAAUCGUUGGCCAACGUAAGCAAGAGAAAUAC